AUGAGGAACCUGUUGUGGAUCGCGCCCCUGGUGGCGCAAGCCUCCAUCAUGACCCCCGCGCGACCUGGACAUGGCCGCGAUGCCACGGACGCGCCAAAUCAGAAGCGGUGGCUCGGCUCGAGAGCGACCGCUGGACAUGCCCAUCAGGCCCUGCAGUGCUUCCAAGUCACGAAUCCCGUCUUGUCUCCUGAUGGUAUCGUUGACGGCAACGAGCUCCUGGACAGCUACCCCGGAAACGUGCCACCCGAGUCGUGCCAGGUUCGGUUGAUGGAACAUGUUUUCGGGAAUAGCUACGGGCAACCAUUCGUUGCCGAGUAUGCGCCUCCCGAUGAGGCAAAAUGCCCCUUCAACAGGGUCAUUAUGAACUUCACCGUCGUCUCAGAGGGUCGUCAAUUUGACCGUCUGGCCAUCAUGUGGCUGGGCGACACGGAAGUCUGGAGAACUUCGACUGCAGAGCCCGAAGCUCGUCCGGGUAUCACUUGGACAUAUUGGAAGGACAUGACGACAUACCUGUCGAUGUGGAAACGACGUCAGAAAAUUAUUUUUGAUCUCGGGAACAUUGUCAACAGAAAUUACACGGGCUCCUUCAACACCACGCUAACUGCCACGUUCAUUCGAGACCAGGGCUUGACCAGGUCUGCUGCGCCGCCAGCGGAUGAGAUCGUGCCAUUGUCGGCCGGGAACGGAGCCACUGGAAAAGGCAGUGCUUUUACGUAUCCCGACGAAAAGGCGGAAAAGACAAUCACACUGCCCCGCAACGUUGGGCGUGCUGUCUUGUCGAUUGCCGCCACUGGUCAGUCUGACGAGGAGUUUUGGUGGACAAAUGUUCCAGAGGAUGGGAUCAACAAUUGGGAAGGGACGACAUUGCUCGGAAAAGGUUCUUUCCGCGAGGUUCGCCUUCGAAUCGACGGUCAACUUGCAGGCUUGUCGUGGCCAUAUCCAGUCGUCUUCACGGGAGGCAUCUCGCCUCCUCUGCACAGACCUGUGGUUGGGCCGCAGGCCUUCGACUUGAAGGAGCAAGAAAUCGAUAUCACGCCUUGGCUUGGUGUUUUGUGCAACGGAGAUGGGCACACGUUUGGCCUGGAGGUGGUUGGUGCGGAGGACGCCGUGGUAAACAGAUACUGGCUGCUUUCUGGCAAGAUCUUUCUCUGGCUCGACGGAGAGGAUUCCAUCACCUCGGGACACCCACCCAAUGUAACUGUGAGCGAGCCCAACUACAAUCCACGUGAGGAGGCCGUCCGGGAAAAGGUCCUCCGGUACGAUCAAACGAUUUCCCGCACCCUGGAAAUCAAGUCGGAAAUCAAGCGCACCGGCGGCAACGUAUUUGAGUCGGCCUGGUCUCAGCGCUUCGCCAUGCGCAGCACAGGAUGCAUGCUAGAUGCCGGCAACAUUCAAAAGGUUGAUGCAUCGUACGAGGGCGAGGACAGAGCAACGAGAGACUCGGCGUUACGCUACUACGCCGCCUAUUCUUACCCAAUGCAAGUGCGCACUGUCCAGACGCCACCCGAUGACACGUAUACCUUCACAUUGGACACGAACCUCACCCAAACAAUGAAGCUUGCCGUCACGGGCGACACGGUCUUCUCCAACGGGUUAGAGCCUUUUCUCGCGCGACUCAGUGGCCCAGCAUCCGGGUCCGUAGUUCAGACGACCAAAAAGGGCAGAGCCUUCUUUUUCCAGAAGAAGGGCAACAGCAGAUCCGGUGGCUUCGGGAGCACACGUCAGACUUACGACUUUGGUGCCAAGACCGCUGCAAACAGGGACGGGAUAGGAUCCGCAGGUGUUCGGCGCCUGUACUCGCGGGAGGUGAUUGUGAGUAACGAGACGACGAUGUUUGAUGGUCGGUGGAUACUAGGCAAGGACGUGCAUCAAGCGAGGCCGCAGGAGCGGCCACAGCAACUCAUUGACGGCAACGGUUUUGCGGCCAAGGUUGGUGGAAGGAAGUGGCAGGGUGCGAAGAGAAGCGUAGCCCCGAGCGGAUGA